AGAGAGAUGCGUGUAUGGUCGCGUCUGAGCCAUGCCAACUUGGUUCCACUACUGGGCUACGUGAAUGGUGUUCAUGGCCCUGGUUUUGUCUCUCCUUGGUAUUCAGAGAGGGACGCAAUCAGCUUCCUCAAAAACCAUCCCAGUGCUAACAGAAGCAUGAUUGUGCGUUGCGCUGAAGUAGCAUCAGGAUUGGAAUAUCUCCAUUCGCAACUUCCCCCAAUCGUACAUGGUGAUAUCAAGGGGGCGAUUAUUCAGCAAAAUAUUCUGAUCGCCUCCGACGGACGUGCCUGUAUCUGUGAUUUUGGCCUCUCGAGGAUCUUGGACAAUAAUCCCACAGGGUUCACAUUCACGACUGUUGGAAUGAGCCUUCGCUUCUCAGCUCCUGAAUUACUGGAUCGUGAGGACAAGACAAUGGAAGCUGACAUUUACGCUUACGGGUGCACUUGCAUUGAGAUCUUACUAGACAAAAGACCGUAUGAAACCAUCCGCAGCGACAAGGCCCUCUUAGCUGCAAUUGUGAGCGGCACGCCGCCUAUUGCUCCUGAACAGCUGGAAGGGUGUAAGUCACUCCUUCCGCUUCACAUUUUAAAACAAUGUUGGAAUGUGGAGCCAUUGGAUCGACCACAAGCUAAGCAAUUGACUGAAGUCUUUCGAGGUGCUAUUGUGAGCCAUGCGGACUAA